AUGAGAGCCGAAAACAUCACCAAACACGAAUUCGAAACGAUCGUCGCAAUCGAGCGAUCAUGCUCUGGCAUAUCCCUCCUAGGCUGUUUCUUCAUAAUCAUCACGUUCCUCAGCACGACCGCCUUCCGCAAACCCAUCAAUCGACUCGUAUUCUACGCAUCUCUCGGUAACAUAUUUACCAACCUCGCUACGCUCAUCUCUCGCUCUGCGCUCUCGAAUCCUAACGAUCAAAGGUUCCUCCCAGCAGAUGCCUAUUGGACGUUGGCUAUGGCCUGUAACGUCAUGUUUGCAUUUUUCUUCCACUACGACGUAGUUGAGCUACGCCAAUUAGAAAAAUGGUACAUCAUUAUGUGCUACGGCGUCCCCUUCAUCCCAGCUUUCGUAUUCUGCUUCGUAACUACUCCUAAGAAAGGACAUAUAUACGGCAGUGCCAUCUCAUGGUGCUGGGUCGAUAGCAAAUGGAGCGGAUGGAGAAUCUGGAGCUUCUAUCUUCCCGUUUGGAUCACAAUCGCAUUCACAAUCAUGAUCUACACCAUAGCCGGCAAGAAAAUCUACGACAAGCGACAAGAGCUCAUACGAGCCAACCAGCGCAUUUCCCCUGUCGCUCCCCCCGCCCCCCCAUCCCGCAAGGAAAAAUCCUCUCAAGCAGAACUCCUUCCCAUAACCAGCACUACAGACCCCAACACCCCCAAUUCCCCCACCAGACCAGCACUUCCCCCCGCCGACCACUCAUACACCAGCGCCCGACCCAACAAACAACCCAAUGCAGCCCUCUGGGCCUACGCCAAAGUAUCGCUGCUUUUUUUCUUGGCUAUGAUGAUUACGUGGAUACCGUCGACGGCUAAUCAUUCAGAUCUGGGGUUACUGUACCCAGUCUGGGGUUACCGAGUCGAUGGUGAUAACAUCCCCUACAUUAGUUUCCAAAUUAAAUAG